AUGACCAAGGAUGCUAUUUUACCUGAAUUCGAUUUGCUUAAGGUCACCCCUAGUUACAAUUCAUGGGGACCUUCAGAUAUACCGGAGGAAUUCAAAGAUAUGCCCUACCAGCCCUUUGCCAAGGAUGCGAGAUUGGGCAAGCGAAAUCGUCGCGGAGGUCCCAUUGGUCCCGGUUCUUCUAUGGCCUCUAUGCAGGGAGGGCGUAAGAUGGGGCCUGGUGGAGCCCGAAAUAUGACCGAAAGAGAACGUCACUUUAUGAUGUCUCAGGCUGGUGGCGGCGGUAAGCGAUGGACAUCCUCUGGUGCGUGGAACACAAACAGGGGGCCUGGCUCCAGGAUUUCAUUUCAAGGAGGCUUUCGUAGUGGCUUUUCUGGCCAAGGUGGUCGGGGUGGUCAAGGAAUGGGACAAUCAGGGUCUGGGGGAAGUGGUCGUCAAGCUUCUGUGAAGAUUCAGGAAUCUUGGCCAGUCAAGGAGGAAAUGGACUUUGCCCGCCUGGCAAAGCUGGCUUUACCAAACGUUAAGGAGCCAGAGGACAUGUAUGUUCACAAUUGA